AUGGGACUGAAGAGAGAACUGAAUUCCUUUCGAGAGAAGUAUAUAUUUAAAGUGAUCGAAGACGACUGCGAAGACUUCGUCUACAAGGAGUCAGUGACGAUAAGGCAUGGUAUGACCGUCUGGAAGAGAGGCAAGUUCUACUGGGUCCUCCGAUAUCCAGCCAACAUGACGAUAUCCUUCAUCGUCUUCGUCUGGAUCGUUGUUCAUCACGUCAUCAACUUCCAUCGAUACAGUCAUGUGGCGAAGAUGUUCGAAUACGCCUAUCCUGUGGCAGCCAUGCUCUACGCCAUGGCGAUUCACAGCCGACAAAGGCAGAUAGGCAGAGUGAGCAAGAUAUUGGAUAAAUGGUACAGGUACCCAUUUUUGGAAAAGACGAUGGAUGAAUUAAAGAGGAAUGCGGAGAGUAAAGUGAAAAAGUUCUACUAUAUAUAUUAUAACUUUAUGAAGCUUGGAAGUGUCGCAUAUUGCCUGAUGCCGAUCUGGCGCUAUUACCAAAACGUCGACAAGGACGCCAGCAACCUCUUGCUCUUUCAGUGCUGGUCUCCCUUCCCGCUGAACACCUGGUGGGGUUUCGCCAUUACCUAUCUCAUGGAGCUUUCGACCAUCAUCAACGUCUUCAUCAUCUUCGGCUACAUCGUCACCUACCUCACCGCAGUGGCCAUCACUGCAGGAUACCAAUGCAGGCUAAUCAGCAUCUCCUUACUGACGGUCGAUGAACGAGUGACCAAGACGAUGGAACUUCAGAACAUAAGAACUGUAGCAGACUGGGAGAAAGCACGUCUUUCGGCCAUGAAAAAUGAGUUAAAGAACAGUGUUAUCCAUUAUCAAAGGAUCUAUGGAUUGACCAAAGAAGUUUGUGAAUUCUUCACGGGUCCGAUAAGCAUGUGUUACUAUCCAGGAAUAUUUGCUUUGGUGGUUUGCUGCGGACGAUUAGCAACUGAACGAGAAAACAUGUUUUUGCUUUUUCAAGCUACAUUUAUGGUUAACGCAAUAUUAGUUAAUCAGUACAUAAUAGCUUUCAUCAAUCAAAUGAUUACAGAUGAGUUCGAAAAGUUGCGACUGGCUGUAUACGACUCCCCUUGGUACAAGAUGAAGGUCCCCUGUAGGAGGAUGGUGCACAUUAUGCAGAGCAUGUUGUUGAGGAAACCCAACAUCAGGACCUUAUUGGGAACUAAUGCGGAUAUGGAAUUUUUCGCCACUGUAAGAAAUUGAUAUAAUAUUCAAAAUGUUAUUUCAAAUUUUCAAUACAAUGUUCAUUUUUUUUUUCAACAGGUCAUUAAUGCGUCCUACUGUUAUCUUAGCGCCUUAUUGUCGAUGAAUAUUAAAUAUUGAUCGACAAAACAUUCACAUAGUCAAUUUUAGAUCGAUUAAAGACGAAGAAGUUAGUAU